UUUUACUGUUUGUGUCAACUGAAUUUGGAGCCAAAAGAUAUAAAGAAAGAAUCCGUCUUUUCUACAAAAUAUUUGAAAAUGGUCGAAAACGUCGCGUUCCACGCGCUCCAAGAUCGGUGGGAUUUGGAGAUGCCACGCCACCGGCGGAGCGCGGACAUUUCGGUGUACCGGAAGUUUGUGGCGCGCCAUGACGCCCUCAUCAGUGGCCCGGAAGCACCCAAGGAUAACACGACGGCCGCUAGGCUCCGUAAUGCUGGCAAUCGCCACUACCUGGAAAAACGGUUUGACGACGCGCUGUGGUCGUACAACCGGAGCAUUUGCUUCGCGGAGAACCUGUCGGAACACCUGGGAAUCGGCUACGCCAAUCGAUCCGCCAUCUACUACGAAUUGGGAGAGUACGAGUUUGCCUUGUACAACAUCGAUCUGGCCAGAAAGAGCAACUAUCCGGAAAGGCUGCUGCCAAAGCUGUUGGCACGAGAGGCCAACUGCAAGGAACGUCUCGCCGGUGGACACUCGGAAGGAACUGUCCCACUCCCGGUCGUGGACAUCAACGUUGAUGUUAAUCCCAAGAUACCCUUCAUGGCCAAGGGCAUCCGCAUGAAGGAGUUCGGAGAUAUGGGUCGUGGUCUGGUGGCUGAGCGCGACUUCAAAACCGGAGAUGUAAUUCUGGAUGAGAAGAGCGAUCUCUGCGUUGUGUCGUUCGAACGAAGCUUCAUCAGCUGCGCUCACUGUGGGUCAACCUUUUGGAAAAGUUUGAUUCCGUGCCUUGGUUGUGCCGCAGUUAUGUACUGUGGCGAGAAGUGUCGCGAGGCGGAUUUACAGGCUAUACACCGGUUCGAAUGCAGCGUGGUCACAAAACUGUCGGGUGUGGCCUGUAAUAAUAUGAUGAUCAUGGCAAGGCUGUUCUUUUACGGCCUGACGGCGUUCGACGACAACAUCGACCAAAUGAUGAAGUACUGCCUACCGAAUGCUGGCAUCGGUUCCAAACCCCUGAAUCUGAAUUUGACCAGCUCGAAACCGAUGGACGUGUUCAAGGUGUGGCACCAAUCUCAACUAAAGCAUGGUCCAUUAUCUCGUUGCGUUCCCAAUGUGGAGCAUCAGUUGAAGCUGAGUGCAGCCACUUUUCAUCUGGUAUUCAUGAAGAACCCGCUGGUUCAAUCGAUCUUCCGUACCGAAGCUCAGUGUAAUUUCAUGCUUCGCUGCCUGCUCAUUCACGGCCGCUUGACCGCACCGCUGGUCAUUAAUCGUGUAGAUGAAAAGGGCGGUUUCCUAGGAAUUCUCUCCCCCGUCGCGUCUCUCAUCAACCACUCGUGUGACCCCAACGUGAUCUCCGUGGUCAAUUCCGGAAGAAUCAAAAUCAUCGUGCUACGUCCCAUCCAAAAGGGUGACCAGAUUCUCACCAGCUAUGCUCCCGCCUGGUGGGAUGAACACGAUGGCAGCACGUUGGAUUUCGACUGCAAGUGCGUGGUGUGCGAUCGUGGACCGGAAGGGGCCAAGUGGCGCAACGCGCGUGAGAAAAAACGUAUAUUGUCAUCGGAGGCAACGCGCGAAUGGAUCGGUGGAGGCGAAACGCAAGAUUUGAUCAAAUUUCAACGGCUGGUUCAGAUACUCGCACGUGACGGCCAUCACCCGGGAAAGCUGUUCGGAGAGACGGUGAAGAUUUACUACGACAAGCUGUUCGAUGAGGUUUGUGCGGAGAACGCAAAGCGCAACCGGGCCAAGGUGCAGCAGAUUGGUGGCAACUUAUUUUGAACCAACGAUCGCAAGCGGCUCGGCUCUUUCAAGAACUUACAUCUUAAUCUCGAUCUUAAUCUUGCUUUGAACUGUUACUGACAUCACA